AUUCAACAGGCAGGUAUUAAUUGGCAUUCUCUUAGAGUACGUACGAUAGAUACUUAAGUUCGAUGUCUGGUUUAAGGAAAGUAUCUUACAAACGGUUUUUAUUACCUAUUUUUAACGUAAAUAGAAAAUGUUAUGGUACCGAUUCGGUUUCAUUUAGUGGAAUUCUCUCGUCUGGUUUACCGGAUAUAGAAAUUCCAAAAUGUAGUUUAAGUGAUUUUAUUUUUGAAAAUUUUCAUAAAUGGGAAACCAGAAUUGCAAGUGAAUGUGCUGUUACUGGAAGAAAGUACACUUUUGGGCAAGUUAGAACAAAAUCGAAAAAUUUUGGAGACGCCCUUAGAAAAAAAUUCAACUUGGAAAAAGAAGACAAAAUAGCGAUAUUGCUACCAAAUAUACCUGAAUUUAAUAUUGUAUCCUUAGGAGCCUUAACAGCUGGAUUGAUAAGUACAACUAUCAAUCCUCUGUAUACGCCAGAUGAAAUAUCUCGACAACUCAUUGAUUCAUCUGCAAAAGUUAUUGUAACUUUGAACGAACUCUGGCCGUUGGCAAAUGCAGCUGCAAAAUUAACAAAACAAAACAUUCCAAUAAUUACUGUCAAUUCACAGCAAGGACAAAGUACUCCAACAGGUGCGGCAAAUUUUGUCGAAUUUACAGAUACCAGAUUGGAUUUACCAAACGUUGACAUAUCUUUCGAUGAUGUUUCAUUUUUGCCAUAUUCUAGUGGAACGACUGGUUUACCAAAAGGUGUACAGCUGACGCAUCACAAUAUAAUAUCAAAUAUCAGUCAGUUAAUGCAUCCUGAUGUACUUGCGACCAGAGAAGCAACAAUCGACCAUCAAGAUGUCAUAAGUGCAGUAUUACCACUGUUUCACAUUUAUGGAUUAGUAGUCUUAAGUCUGUUCCAUAUGAGGAUCGGUGCCAAAAUAGUAACUUUACCAAAAUUCACACCAGAAUCAUACAUUAAUAGUUUAAGAAAUUAUCGACCUAAUGUAUUGUACGUCGCACCCCCAAUUGCGUUAUUCAUAUCGAAUAUGCCCACUAUUACAUCAGAAGAUCUACAAAGCGUUAGAGCUAUAGUCAAUGGCGCUGCUUCUUUGGGUCAUUUAGAUGCUGUUAAAUUAGAAAAUAAAUCAAAGAACAAUAUGAUGGUUUUACAAGGAUAUGGUUUAACCGAAACGUCGCCAGCAGUUCUUACAACACGUCCGCGCAACUAUAAAUUAGAAUGUUCCAAAGGAUCUAUUGGUUUACCUUUACCAAAUACAAAAGUUAAAGUAAUCAAUCCUGAAGAUCCCAAAGGAACUCCUCUAGGUCCAAAUCAAUGUGGAGAGCUCUUAGUUCGAGGUCCUCAAGUGAUGAAGGGGUAUUAUAAUAGACCAGAAGAAAAUAUAUUUUUAGAUGGGUGGUUGAGAACUGGUGACAUGAUGUAUUACAAUAAAGAAGGCUUUUUAUUUAUUACUGACAGAUUAAAGGAAUUAAUCAAAGUUAAGGGAUUCCAGGUAGCACCAGCAGAGCUGGAAGAAAUAAUUCGCGAUUUCCCAGAUGUAAUGGAUGCAGCUGUAAUCGGUAUUCCCCAUGAAACUGAUGGAGAAGCUCCAAGAGCUUAUAUAGUUACAAAACCGAACUCCAAAAUAGACAUAAACAAACUUCAGGAGCAUGUUAAACGACAGGUAGCUCCUUAUAAACAAUUGAAAGGGGGCGUAGCAUUGGUAGAAAGUAUUCCAAAAAAUGCGAGUGGUAAAAUUUUAAGACGACAAUUAAAAAUGCAAUUUGAGAAAGAGCGCAAAUGAAAGAGUUGAUCGUUCUUAUAUUUGUUUAUGUCCUUUUUUUUAUUUUUGAGUGAUGGUUUUACUUGAUAUGUAUAUAUAUAUAUAUAUUUGUUUUUUUUAUACGUAUAAUUAUUUUUUUAAUAAAUAUAAAAAAACUAAUAAG